GACUGGGAACAUGGACAGGGAGCCCAAUAUAUCAAAAUGGCGGACGAAACAAGCAAAUCUGAUAUCGUAUGGAAAAACGUUCAAGAAACCGCGACGAAAUGCUCAGUUUCUGAUUUCUUUGACUCUGUUCAAGUCUGGAUAGACAAGCCUCAAGUUGUGAAUCGUAGAUUGAGUGGUUCUUUGGAUGUUAAGCAUGCCUUCUUACCAAGUGAAAACGUGGACAAACUUUACAAAUUGCUACAUCAUCAAAGGUCGAUCUCUGCUUGGUGUAGGUUGGUUGAAGAAUUUGCGAUUCCUGCGAGUAGUCAUGAAGAGGAACAUGAAGGAGGACGAGCUGAAGUUUUAUUGAGAAGAGUUUUACCUCGACAAAUAGCCAAAUAUCGAACUUUAUUUGAACUAGUCAUCAAAGAUAGAAGCACCAGCAGCAUUUCAUUCAUUCCAAUUUUUAUGGAGAAAUGUGAAGAAAAUGAUUCCAGUGAAAGUGAAUGGGAAAUGACAGCCUAUAGAUUUUUACAUCUUCAAGAUAUCAAUAAUAAACCAAAGAUUUCUUUACAAGUUUCCUGCAGUGUAAUAGACAGAAGAGUACAGGAUAUUAAUAGAAGUGAUUGUGUUGUUUGCCCAUCUAUCCAGUGGAUGAAAGAUCACUUGUUGCCCAAGCUAAAAAAAUGGGCAGAGAAUCCACAAAAACAGUCCAAAGGCUCACUAAGAUUAAUUUCCUUGGAACGUUAUACAUUGCUCUAUCAAGAAUUGAAAGACAAACAUGGACUUGAACUAGUUAAGAAUUGGCCUGAAAAUACAGAUCCUCAAAAGUUUGUUUAUGAAGACAUUGCCAUAGCAACAUAUUUAAUAAUUUUAUGGGAAGAAGAAAGAGAAAAGAAUAAUUUAAAAGAAAAACAGAGUUUUGUUGACUUGGGCUGUGGUAAUGGUCUGCUGGUAUACAUCCUCAGCAAGGAAGGGCAUCCAGGUUUAGGUAUUGAUGUAAGGAAGAGAAAAAUUUGGGAUUUUUACGGUCCAGGAAUAAAACUGGAGGAGCGACCUUUGGAUCCAACUGCAUCAGGACUCUUUCCUAACGUUGACUGGUUGAUAGGCAAUCACUCUGAUGAACUAACUCCAUGGAUUCCAGUCAUGGCUGCCAGGUCAUCAUACAGAACCAGAUACUUUGUUCUUCCGUGUUGUUUUUAUGACUUCAAUUGUAAGUAUGUUCGUCAAAAUAAUAAGACAUCACAGUACCGUGGGUAUCUUGAUUAUGUGCACAAGAUUGGUGUCGUUUGUGGCUUUGAAGUAGAAGAGGACAUGUUGAGGAUUCCAUCCACUAAAAGGAUUUGCCAUAUAGGACAGUCUAGAACAUAUCCUGAAGAAGACCAUGAAGAAAUGGAGAUCAAAAUAAAGGCUAUGAUUCGUGAAAGAGGAUGCAACAUUGAUGAAGGACAACAACCUCAAACAAUGGUCAACACAACAAGAAUAUCAAAACAGGCUAGUGGUGACCAUUCUACUGAAUAUGAGAAUGACAAUAAUACUGAUGGUACGAGACAUCUUUUAGAUCAAAGUGAUCGAGCAUAUGAGAGUAAUGGUGCAAGGGAAGACACAGGAAGCCCAGCAGCUAAAAAAAUUGCUCUAGAAACUGAAGCCCAUCAAAUAAAAACUUCAGAUUUCAAGCCAAGGGAGCAGACAAUUACUGUUCGUAACUGCUCGCAUCUCAGCAAAUCUUUGAAGGAAUUUAUAGUUAACAGUGUUGCAGAGGCAUUGCUUCAGGAAUCUGAUAGUGAGGGCCCUAAAGAUGAUAAAGACAAAUUUGAGGGUACAAGUUUGAACAGGUUCACAAGUAAAGGUGUUCUGCUGGAUUUAUGGAAUAGAGGUAGAAGCUUGAAAUUACCUGAUGUGGCUAAAUUGUUUGAUAAUGAAACAUUGAAAAAGAUGAAGAAUGAAUGUGGUGGAAUACAGACAUUAUUAAGAAACCAUCGGCAUAUAUUCCAAGUGGUGGGUGGCGUUGUACAACUCAGAGACUGGAGAAAAGAAACCCCAGGACCUAAACUAACACCAAAUGCAGAUGUGGAGUUUUUAAAACGAAGAUUUGACGCCCUUGGAAACACAUCAAUGUGCUGGUUUCACUUUAACCAUCCUGAUGGUUGCACCUUGUUAACAGAACAAUGUCCUUAUGCACACAGUGAAGAUGAACUUGUAGUCAGACCAACGACACAGUAUCUCAAUUCCUUAUGAUCGGCUAUCAAUAUUUGUUUUUAUUUCUAACUUAUCUUCAAGUUAUACUCUUUUGUAGCCAGUGGACCUUUUUAGCUUGGGUUUAAUGUUUGCAAAUUUUUGGGGUUCAAUUGAACACAAAAAAUCUAAGCAGUAGAUAAAAUGAAUAUUAUAUUCUUUUUAUCUACUGCUUUUUUGUGUGUGGUGAUAAAGUUUGCCAUGGCUAAAGUAAAAUACAGAUAAAGAAUGAAGAUUUGGUCACGUUUUCCAUUUUGUAGGAAGAAAAAAAUCACCUUAAAACUCUAAUAUUGACAUAAGUUUAUUAUUAAAUAAUCCAAUAAAAACAUCUGCCUUGGGUAAUAAUUAAAAUAAUAAUUAUUAAUAAUAAUUAUCUAUCAAAUAAAAUCAGUGCAAAUUUUUUUUUCACUAUAUCUUUUUUUCAUUCCAUCUGGGAUCUUUUAACCACUUGAAUAUUGAUCAACAAUUUCAAUAAUGAAUAAAAUAAUUGCUAUAAAUAAUUAACUUUUACAAUAAAUUGCAUAAUUAUAGAAGCAAAUGUUUGUUAAGUUCCAGAAAAAUAGUUCAAGCACAUUAAAGUUUUGAACUGACCCUAUUUGUUUGAAGGAGUUUGACUAUUUUCUCUUUCCAGAAAGAGUACAGUAAAGUGCAAACAAUAUAACCGUGAAACUUUAGUAAUACUAAAUAGCACAAUUUCAUGCACACUCCAUUGUUUUCUAUUGUUUAAUUAGCACUAUUUUGUACUAUUUAGUAAUUAGUGUUUCACAGAUUAAUUGUUUGCACUCUAGUAAAAUAAACAAAUCAUUUUUAAAUCAUCAAAAUAAUGUCAUACCACUAUUAAAACCCUCACAAUGAAUACAUGAAACCACCAGUCAAAAAAUAAAGAAAAAUUCAACCAGUCCAAAAAAUCAUGCCAGCUCAAAAACAAAAUCAAUCUUGAACUUCAAUUACCAUACCUUGUGAGAAAGAAUAAUUGCAAGAACUAGGAAAAGUAUUCGUUACUUUUAUCAUAUUAAUUUACAGGGCAACACACAAAUGUAUGACAACGUUUGAGCUUAUUUGGUAAAACCAGCAAAAAAAGCCCAAGCAUAGAAGUAUGUGAAUAUAUCAUUGAUGGUUAUACUUUUGCGCGUUGCCCUAUAAAAGUCUAUUAAUUAGACUAUUAAUUUAUCAUCAAUGGGAAGAAGAUAAGGGAGGAACAUCUGAGGAGUAUCUACCAUAAAGGUGUAUCUACCUUUAUGGGGAGAAAUGGGUGCUUUCUCAAACAUAUUUUGUAAUUAAUUCAAAGAAAACCUUGCUGUUUAAACCUGCCAGGGCUUUCACAACAAAACAUUCAUAUAUAUAUAUUACCUAUUCUACUUGCAAAACAAACCCAAGUCUUUUAAUGAACUGUUUAUAAUAACAUCAUGCAUUUAUUUUACUACCACUACUUAAAUGUCUUAGGUCUGUGUAUUUCUCCACGUUCUCUGGUUUUUCUCCCUUCUGCAAAACAUCUUCACAUUAUCCAGUUAUCCACCCUCCACAAAACCUAACAUAAGUUAAAUUCCAA